UUCUCACCGACAAUCGCACCUCUAUCGGCUCUCGGUUUAGUCAUCCGCCCCUUAUGGGGGCGGAUAUCUUUUCUCCAGGCUAUUCUCUGUCUGAUGGCUCGUUUUUUGGGGAGGCGUUUUCCCGUCCCGGUCUCCAAAAAUUGUGUCGGGUGUGGGCGGGGGGAAGGGAUGCCUCAUCCCUGCCAUUGUAGGGCUAAGCGGCAGAAUUUAAGAUGGCGCCUUUUUCUUUUGCGCGCAGUUUUUGCUCCCCGGAGGUGUUUGUAAUCGAUAGACAUCCGCCGUGUGGUGUCACCUAGGCCUUCCAAACCUGGUCAUUUGGAUAGAGGGGCCUCUUGCGUGUUCCCUUUUGUUCCAGAAAGUGGAGAAAUUAGAAAUACAGAGGUUUACUUGUGGUGUGACUACCUCCCCCCCGUUUCCAUUUUCACGUGUUUAAUAGCACGUUUUGAGAGAGAGAGGCAUCACCAUGACUGAGAAUGAUGUUGACAAUGAGCUGCUGGAUUAUGAGGAUGAUGAGGUGGAAAACCAGGCAACUGGAGAUGGGGUGGAGGUCCCGUCUAAGAAAGAUGUCAAGGGAUCGUAUGUCUCCAUCCACAGUUCUGGCUUCCGUGACUUCCUGUUAAAACCAGAGCUGCUGCGUGCCAUUGUCGAUUGUGGCUUUGAGCACCCCUCUGAAGUGCAACAUGAGUGUAUCCCACAGGCAAUCUUGGGCAUGGAUGUCCUGUGCCAGGCCAAGUCUGGUAUGGGCAAGACUGCCGUCUUCGUUCUUGCUACACUACAGCAGUUGGAACCAGUCACUGGACAGGUGUCAGUGCUGGUGAUGUGUCACACACGUGAGCUGGCCUUCCAGAUCAGCAAGGAGUAUGAGCGCUUCUCCAAGUACAUGCCCAGCGUCAAGGUGGCGGUGUUCUUUGGGGGCCUGUCCAUCAAGAAGGAUGAGGAGGUGCUGAAGAAGAACUGCCCCCACAUUGUGGUGGGGACCCCGGGCCGCAUCCUGGCCUUGGCCCGCAACAAGAGCCUUAAUCUCAAGCACAUAAAACACUUCAUCCUGGACGAAUGCGACAAGAUGCUUGAGCAGCUUGAUAUGCGCCGGGAUGUCCAGGAGAUCUUCCGCAUGACCCCGCAUGAAAAGCAGGUCAUGAUGUUCAGUGCCACUCUCAGCAAGGAAAUCCGCCCUGUGUGCCGCAAAUUCAUGCAAGACCCCAUGGAGAUCUUCGUGGAUGACGAGACCAAGCUGACGCUGCACGGCCUGCAGCAGUACUAUGUCAAACUGAAAGACAACGAGAAAAACCGCAAGCUCUUUGAUCUGCUUGACGUGCUGGAGUUCAACCAGGUGGUGAUCUUUGUGAAGUCUGUGCAGCGCUGCAUAGCAUUGGCUCAGUUACUAGUGGAGCAGAACUUCCCAGCAAUUGCCAUCCACAGGGGCAUGCCCCAGGAAGAGAGGUUGUCACGAUACCAGCAAUUCAAGGACUUCCAGCGCCGGAUCUUGGUGGCCACCAAUCUCUUUGGUCGUGGAAUGGACAUUGAACGAGUCAACAUUGCUUUCAACUAUGACAUGCCAGAGGAUUCAGACACUUAUCUGCACCGGGUGGCUCGUGCUGGGCGCUUUGGCACAAAAGGUCUGGCAAUCACUUUUGUAUCGGAUGAGAAUGACGCUAAGAUCCUAAACGAAGUGCAGGACCGCUUUGAGGUGAACAUCAGUGAGCUGCCUGAUGAGAUCGACAUCUCCUCCUACAUUGAACAGACCCGAUAAAGGGGGCUUUGCCUCUCGAUGUUGACCUUGGUUUUAAUUCCUGACCUUCUCCACUUCCCUGGAACUUCACGUUUAAUUUCAUCUGAUGGAGAAUAAGGUGACUGACAGUCUGGAACAUGCAAACACACCCCGUUCCUGUGGCAGAUAUAGAACUUCUAUCACUAAGCUGUGUGUAGUGGAGAUGGGGCUGACAUCAGCAGACCUCCUGCGCUCCCUCAGGGCAAAAGUCUCACUGUUCAACUGGCACUAAGAUGACAAAGAAGGUCCCUGCUGCUGGUGCCUCCACAAGAGACUCAUUCAAAUGGACUUCCACUGCCUGCCUGCCAACAAGAUUUUGGGACUGCACCUAUUGCAUUGCCCUACUUCACCCUUAUGUCAGCACUACUCAGUGAUCUGCCUCUGUGAUGGGAAACAUGAAAGGGGGGGAGGAGUCCAGGUGGGGUGCUCUGUGAAUACCUGGCAUUUAAAAUUACAUUUUGUUUUAUAGAAAAAAAACCUUGAGGCUGGGGGGAACUAAAAACACGAACAUUCUUUUGUAUGUCUGUUCAUCCUGUUUUAAAGCUCUUGUUUUUCAUGUAUGUGUGUGUGUGUGUAUGCCCCAUCACUUCAUAAUUUUGUCUGCAUGUUAAAAUUGAUCCCCUGUUCCAGCUGGUAUCUAUUGGCAGGUAAACUUGUAGUGAAAGAUCAGUAAUGUUUUAUCUGUGGCUUGUUCUCUCUCCCUUUGAUAUCCUCUUUUAUUUUUUGGUAAUAAAGGAGCCCAGCUCUUAUGGGUGUUGAAUUAAA